CUCACAGCCCUGGGGGCUCAUGCUGUCACUCUCUGACUCGGAACAUUUAGGAACAAGGCACCAAGAGUUGUGCUGGAGAGCCUGUGUCUGGGCAGGGGGCUAUAUUUUUGUUUUCAUGGGAAUUAGCAUAUAACUCACAGAAAGAUGUUGUCUAUCAGAAGAACAUUUGCUGAAGAGAAAUCUGAACUUCGGGAAUUAAACAGCCGCUUGGAUCAGUACCUGUCCCGGGUGAGGCAACUGGAGUCUGAAAACCAGCUGCUGGUGGAGGAGAUCCAGAGGCUUCGGGUGGAGAGAGGGAGAGAAUGGGCACAUGGGUAUGAGGCAGAGAUAACAGAACUAAGAAGGAAAGUAGAGGAGAUCACUGUUGAGAAAUGCGAAGCAGAGCUCCAGAGGGAAAACCUAUGGCAGGAGUUGCAGUCCCUCCAGGAGCUGUGGGACCAGGUAAAAACCAUGCGGUUACGCAUUGACCAGCAGCUUGCCCAGUACAAGCAAGAUCUUCAGCAAGCCAUGAAGGGCCAGGUAGCCCUAGAGGAGCUGUACAACUGCCUUCUCCAGGAGUGCCACAUGCUCCGUGGGUCACAACAUGAAGAAUUGGUGGCGCUGAGAGAUCAGGCAAUAUGUGUGCCCCUCACCGUCUCUAUGCAAGAGACUGUGCACCCCAGACUGAGCCUGCAGGAUGUACAGAGCUUCUCGCUGGAGCUUUCAGAAUCUUGGAAGGAAACUUUCCUGCUGUAUCAGAAGAAGAUUGAGGAGCUUGAGAGCUAUGUGAUCCUGAGUGAGCGGAGCAGGAGAGAGGCAGAGGAGGAGGCCAGAGCACAAGGUGCACAUGUGGUGGAGCUCCGCAGGGAGUAUGAGGAGCUGAUGGGAAUGAGAAAGGUGCUGGAGGAAGAGCUGCUCAAGAUGAAAGAGAAAUACAGACUAGAAAUGGAGGAAUAUCAGAUUAUUAUAGAGGAGCUGGAGCAAGAGAAACAAACUGUAACAGUGACUAUCACUGAUCGACUUCAGGAUUAUCAUGAGCUCAUGAAAUUGAAGACAGGCCUGAGCCUGGAAGUAGCUGCAUACAGGGCCUUGCUGGAGGCAGAGAGCAACAAGGGAACCAUCACCUGGUUUGAUCAGUCAGUGUUAAACAGACCUGCAGGGUACAUUACACCUUAUUUUGACCAAGCACAAAGAUAUUCUGGCAUCAAAAGGGAAAAAGAGAGAAAAGAUUUACCAGUAAACAGAACUAAUAAAGAAAUAAGGACAACUCAGACAUCCAAUGUCCAACAAUUUCAGUCACAGAAAGUACCACAAAUACGGAUAAAUGCACUGCCUAUUGAUACUGGGAGGACAAGUAGGUUUUACACCUCCCAAGACAAAAGCAGCGGGUGGGGCAAAAACCUGUCCCCAAGAUAUGAGUUCACAAAGAACAAAGACAUUUCAAAAACCAUAAAGUCUCCAGAUCGUUCUUCAUUUAUAAAGUCACAAUCUUCAAUCCAUUCUGAAAGUGUCACACAACGGAUAAAACAAGAGCAGUCAAAUUUCCCAAGACCUAGUAUCAUCAAAAAGCCACAGGCUGUAGAAAUACACAAAGGCCAAAUUAAUGCCACUUUGGGCAGCAAAACAAAGGAAACACGUUCACUGAACACUUUAGAAUCCAAAUUAGUGGAUGAAAAGAAACUAGUAGACAAAAGUAAAGUAACAACAAAAACAACUGAAGAAGAAAAAUGCAGAUUAGAUUUCAAUAUCCCAAUAAUAGGGCAAAGGGAGGUAAAAAGUGUAGUUACAAGUGUUACAGAAUCCAUAGAAAAUAAUGAGAUUCUAGAACCUAAAAUACAGGAGCCACCAGUCAAGAAGGAAAGAAUGAAAAAUGAGCAAGCCAAAAUGAGGAAUGAAGAACUGGAGAAGAAAGAAGCAGUAGAUAGAAACACAGCUUACAGAGAAAAUCUGGGGGCAAGUUGCUCUGUCCAAAAGAAAAAUAUUUACAUAUUUAGGGAAAAGCCAGAGAGCGAAGAAGCUGUACUUGAAAUUCCUAUACAAUCUGAAGCCAGAAAAAGAGAGGAAAAUCAACACAAAAGCAGUAUUGACGGUACAGGGGAAACAUAUGUGGACGAAGAAGCUCCUUAUCAUAGAAACAUCAAAGUUCACACAUCACUUACAGAAGGGGUUGAACAAGUUAAAAUCGGGGAGCCUGGAGAAGACAUAACCUCAGCUGAGCACUUGACUAAGAACUCUGUUGUAGAAGGUAUACUAAAGCACUUUGGGCAAUCAUCUGGUUUAGAUGAUGCUAAUGUUACAUAUGUAGAAAAGAAAGAACAGGGUAUUGAUGGCUCGGUGAAAACUAAAAUUUUUGUACAAACAAAAACCAAAGAGGAAGUAGAUGUUUUUGAUGAACCUGAUCUUACUGACAUCUGGAAUAGUAGCUCUUAUCAGAAAGUACAGGAGGGCAUAACAAGAGCAGCCACCAUUGUGGCAGAAAAUGAAGAAGCACAAAAACCAAAGGAGACAAAAAUUAUUAUGGGAGAGGGGAAAGGAGUAGAAGAUUUAAUUGAAAAUAUCAUUCAGAAUGAGCUGAAAGGUCGAUCAGGGAUUUCUUUUAAUGUUGAGAUAAUAGAGGAAUCCACUGGGUCUUUUGUGACUGAAAAACCUGAUUUUUCAACCCCAUUUCAUGUAGAAGAGGCAGAAGAUAAUAUCCAAAUAACUGAGUCAGCGUGUGUUGAUGACAAACCUCAAGAUCCUUUGAAAGCAGAGGAUCUGCAGAGUAAAACGCAAGUCCAAAGUCAUGUUGAAGAAGUCACAGAAGGAGGGGAUGAAGAUGAAGAGACAAAUUACUUUGUAUCAGUCCCAGAUGAUACCCCUUUAGUACAAGAUGAAGAGCAGGAAACUUUGCGAGGCCAGAUUCACACAGAGGACUCCCAUGUAAAGUAUUCCUGGCAAGACGAAUUCUUACAAGGAUCCCAGGGACAAAAAGCUCUGAGUGAAUUUCUCAGAUAUGCUGGCAGCAGUGAGUCAGAAACAAUUGUUCAUGAUAUUUUGGAUGAUGACAGGGAACAUAGGACUGAGACACAGCCAAAGACUGAGACUAUUGUUAUUGAAAAAGAAAUAAAAAUUCCUCAUGAAUUUCAAUCAUCAAUAAUAGGUCUGUUUUCAAAAGACAUCAAAGAUCCACAACAACAGUUGAAAGGAACCCUGGAAUGUCUACAAGGGAGUCUUCCUCAAGACAUUGUGGCCGAGCUGUCAGCAUUAACUGGAGAACAGCAAGGUCAGGACAGCAGUUUGGCAGUAGAUAUUAAAAAGGUAGAGCAACCUACAGAUACUAGCAUGGUUACCAUUGUAGCAGAAAUCAACUUAUCACAAACCAUUGAUGCAGAUACGCUAGAUACACAGAGGUUAUUAGGAGACAGCAUGAGCGAGGAUGUAGCAACCUUGCUGGGGAAAACCAAAGGGGACUAUUCAUUACUCAUGAAUGAAUUUGCUACCAAUGAAAAACCUGGGCAUCCCAUUAGCAGUGAAUCAAAUAAGGAGGGAUCUUCUUAUAUUUCUAAAGAUAACACUGAUAAGGCUACAAAUGAAUCUUUCAGCACAAACGUAGAGUUACCUUAUAAACAAACCUCCACUGAUAGCAGAUUUAUAAAACACAUUAAGCUUGAAACUUCUGAGCACAUAAACCAGGCAGAAUUUGUAUCUGAUACAAAAGAGCAAGCCAUAGAAGACAACAUAUCCCCAAUAAGUACAAACAGAUCAGUCCACCAUAUAACAUUUGGGCCCAAAGAAAUUCCCUUUGAUGAGAAAAACAUAUUUGAAGGCCCAAUGUCAGAAACUCUUGGCCUAGACACAUCUAAAGGUUCAGAAGAUUCAUCAGACUACAGUAGACCAAUAAGGCAUAUUAAAUUAAGUCCUUCAGAAACAUAUACAGUGGAACAGAUUGUAUUUGAAGGACCAAUCUUCCACAACGUAAGCAGCAGUGGUUCUACAGAGGACUUCACCUUUGGAGAAUUAAAUAGAGACAGUACCAGCCAAAAAAAUGUCCAUGAUAAUACUGUAGAGACUGAAGAUCCCUGGACUGUAAGCGAGGAGAGUAAUAAUAAGAGCAUAUAUCAAACAGAGACUAUCGCAGGUGGUAUCAAAACUAUCACACAUUAUACAUUAAAUUCCAGGGACCCUCAAAUGACUAAAGAAAUCGUAAUUGAGGGUGAUAUGCCCAAAGUUCAGCUCCUCCAAGAAACAGAUAACCUUGAAGAGAACACCAUGCCUACGGAACAUAGAACUGGCUCUCACAAAAUCCACAUUGCUAAACAAGUUAAGCAUCAAGGUUUUGUUUCAGAACCAUAUAAGUUGGCAGAUUCUGGAAAGUUGGUUGAAGAAGAAGAGAAACCAAACAUCAACACUUUAGUGCAUCAUAUCAAAUUAAGUCCAAAUAGAGAGCAAAUUGUUUUUGAGGGCCCAGUCUCUUCAAAUGUACACAUCAGUACUCAGGAAAGCAGUACCCAAAUGCAAGAGGAAAACAGAUCAAUCACACAUAUCAUUAUUGGUGACAAAGGAGCUCAGACUUCCGAAAGUGUAAUAUUUGAAGGACCUGCUUCAGAGACAUAUGAAUCAUGUGAUUUGCAAGUUUCUUCACCAUCAGGAGAGUCUGGUGAGAGUGAGCGAUCCAUCAGGCAUAUUAAACUAGGCCCAACAGAAAAGUCUUUUACUUUUCAGAUGGAUAUAACCCAAAUUGCCACAAAAUAUCAGGCCAAAGGAGAUGACCAGGAGAGAGAAAUAGUUAUCACUUCUAGCAAUUUUGAAACACAGCCAGGAACAAGUCAGCCAUGCAGUGAAUUAACUGAUGAUCUGGAAGUGACUGAAAGCGGAUAUGGAGAAGAAGAUACUUCUGGCGUCUCUCAGUAUGAAGCUGAAAUCCAGUCCCACAGUCUGUCACUCAUUGAAACACCAACAUUUGAAAAAACCGUGCAUGUGCAGAGAAUUGCGCAGCAAAGUUCCCUGGUCUCGGAUGACAAAAAGGUGGCGAUUGUUUAUCUUGAUGAGGAAGAAGAACCUGGUCAAGAUUACUUGCGGCGUUCAUUUUGAAAGUAUUUUUUUUUUUAAAUUCAGAAAAAAAGACGUUAAGCAAGCUAAUGUAUUUAUUCACAGAAAAAACAGGCCAAUACAAUGCUUAAAGGAGAAAGAAAGGCAAAGUCACUUGGGGGUGCCAAAAU